GAUGUUAAGCCGAGUAACCUGCGACUGGCUUUUUUGAUGUCGCUUACGAUAAUGUAAUAACAUUUUGGUUUAUUUUUGUACUGUAGUAAAUAUUGCAUAGAUUUUGGUUGUUAACUAUACUAGUGAUAUGUGUGGUUAUAACUGAUAGGUUGUUCAGUUUCAAGAGUCUUUUCAAUUUAGAGCAGUUGAAAUUUUGAUAUGACAUCUGUUUCUAUUGAACAUGAGUUAAGUAAUUUAUCAUGUAAUAAAAACCUUGAGUCAUCUAUUCAAAAAGACUUGGUUUAUACUGAUUUUCUCGGAAACGGUUAUACAAAUUUAAAUGGAUCAAUAAAGAAAGAUUGUCAUAUUCCAUUUCCUUUGCUAACAGCUGAAGUGGUAAAAGAGUACAGCUUAAGCAAAGAAAAUUAUGUUGUCCUUACCAACUACAGGUUAUUUGUAUGCUAUAACCAAUGCUUCUCUAAUGUUCCAGUUUAUUGUGUUGAUUAUGUUGAGAUGAGGGAAUUGCUUGCUUUGUAUGUCAACUGCAAAGAUGGAAAAAUUAUUCGAGUUGCUUUUGAUACUCAGGAAGACUGUUCACAAUGGUGGAGGCAUAUAACAUCAUCUGAAGUUGCACAAACAAAUCCAGAGGAUUUAUUUGCAUAUCAACAUUACUUAAAAUUGCCUUGCAAACCAACAUAUGACUCAGCUGCUGACUUGGAAGCAGGGUUAUUUGUUGAUGAUGUGCGUCGUAUGGGAUUUAAUACAAAGUCUAUAUGGCGGAUUUCUGAAAUAAAUUCCAAGUUUGAAGUUUGCAAAACUUAUCCAAAGUUUCAUAUUGUACCGAAAUGGAUCUCAGAUGAUGACCUAAAAACUGUUGCACAGUUUCGUGCUUUGCGAAGAUUUCCAUCAGUGGUUUGGAGAAGUAAAAAAUCUGGUGCAAUUAUUGCACGAUCUAGCCAACCUGAACUUGGUUGGUUUGGGUGGCGAUGUGAAAAGGAUGAACAACUGUUAUCAGCUAUCUCUCAAGCUGCAAAUCUUGACAGAAACAAUAAAACAUUUAACAUGACAGUUUCAGUGACUGAUAUGUCUUCCACUUCUAAACAGACAUUUUUGUUGGUUGAUGCACGAUCUUAUGCAUCAGCUGUUGCCAACAGAGCAAAAGGAGGAGGUUGUGAAUGUCAAGAGUAUUAUCCAAAUUGUGACAUACAAUUUAUGAAUCUCCCAAACAUACAUGUAAUACGUAAAAGUUUUCAAAGUGUACGCACUCUUUGUUAUUUAGGGAAAGAACAGCUUAAUUGGUAUUCAUCUCUUGAAAACACUCGAUGGCUUCAGUACUUAUCUGCUUUACUACGAGCUACACUCACUAUAGUAGAAUCUAUUGAUAUUAGAGCUCAAUCUGUACUUGUUCAUUGUUCAGAUGGAUGGGAUCGUACCACACAAAUAGUGUCACUCUCUGAGUUGCUUUUGGAUCCUUACUACAGGACUAUUAAAGGAUUUCAUGUUCUUAUUGAACGAGAAUGGUUGGAAUUUGGUCAUAAGUUUGCAGAUCGUUGUGGACAUAGUCAAGAAAGAGACAUUAACGAAAAAAGUCCAGUGUUUUUACAAUGGUUAGAUGCAGUUUACCAGCUUAUAAGACAGUUUCCUUCAGCAUUCGAGUUUAAUGAGUUUUUUCUGCUUAAACUUGUGCAACAUGUUUAUAGUUGUUUGUAUGGAACAUUUUUAUGUAACAGUACACAUGAUAGGCAUAACAACAAAGUUAAGUCAAAAACGCUCUCAUUAUGGGACAUGCUUUUAUCAUGCAGAAAAGACUUUAUCAACUAUAUCUAUACAAAAGAAACUAAGGUAUUGUACCCAAGUUAUCAUGUUAAAGAUUUAAGACUGUGGGAAUCUGUAUUUACUACUACUUCACAUCAAUAUUCGAAAACAAGUAUACCUCAAAAAGACUUAGUUGAUUUAACACAGCUUGAACUUAAUGACUCAGGAAAUUUUACUGCUAAUGGAGAAAGUUGCAAAGAACCUAAUGGUUUCAUUACAUCUUAUAGUUCAGCUCAGCAGUUAAAUAAUUCUAUCAAUAAUGAAACUUUUAUAAUGCAGAAUGGACAUUCGAUAAAUGAUAAUUAUUGUAAAAAAAGCAAAUCUUUUGCAAACAAUGAUGCUAAUUUAUUAAGUAUUGCGGAUUUAAAUGAAUCAAAUGACUGGAGAAUAAUUGAAAAUAUAGAUGAAAUUAAAGAGUCAGCCAAUGAACCUUUAGACGAUUAUAUAAAUAGAGAUAACAAAUUUUUAUAUAGGGAUAGUGAAGACGAUUUAGACAAUUCUGAAAAUGAGAAAAUAGACACUCCGAAAAUGACUGAUAGUGUUCGGACUAUAACUAAUGAAAAUGAACGCAGAAAAAGUUUUGAUGAAAGUUUCAAACCAUUACAAUUAGAUACAAAUUUAACCAAUUUAUCUCGUCAUGGAAGCGGAGUAAUACGCCGAGCUCAUAGUUCACCUGAAUCUCCACCUUUAUCUAGCAUGCUUUCUAGAACAAAGUCGUUUCCAGAUGUAAUGUCAUCAUCAAUGGGUGCAAGUGAUGGAAAAGUUAGCUCUAAUCAAAAAAACCCAUUUCAAAAAGACCUUAGUAAAUUUUUAGACACUGAUGGUUUAACUGUUUCUUAUUGUUUUUAUGAUCAACAGCUUAUGGAAAUUGCAAAAAAUCAUACUCAAGAAAUGAAUAGAAUUUUUAAAAAACUAGAGCAAGAAAGACAAGCACGCAUAUAUUUGCAGCAUCAAAAUUUUCAAAAUGGAUCACCCAAUUCUGCAUAUAAUCUGCCACAUAUCUUAAAUGAUGACCAGCUUUCUUUACCAGACUCCGUAAAUGGUACACGAUCUUCAUUGUCAAGUGUGAGCAAUGAGGAAGGUUGGGAGCAAGUUCAAUAUGAUGAUGUACAACCAGUUCGUUGGAUUCCUGAUCAUUUGUCAUCAUUUUGUUCUAGUUGCGGUUGCCGCUUUUCGGUUCUAUAUAGACGCCACCAUUGCAGAAAAUGCGGUGGAAUAUUUUGCGAUGGUUGUUCAAAAUACCAAAUUAGCAUUCCCGAAGAAUCUCUUUUUAAUCCUGUACGCGUUUGUGCACGAUGUUAUAUUCAUUCAUCUGUGGUCCAAUCAACCGUAAUUUAAAAUUUGAAUUCUUUAUUCUUCUAUUGUCAAAAAUUCUUAUUAAUUUAUUUAAAAUUUUGCGAUAUUUUUGGAUAAUUUUUAGCUAUUUAUAGCUUUGAAUUACUGCUGGACUCUGCUUUAAUAUGUUUAUAAAUGUUUGCUAACUGUUAGCCGUCGGCGGAUAAAAUAAAAGAAAGAUUGCUGUUAUUAAAGACUUCUAUUUUAGUUUUAAUAAAUAUCUAUUAUUGUCUAGGACCACUCAAUAAGUCAACGCGUUAAAAAUCUAAAAUAAUGAUUUUCUCCUAUUUUAUUGUAUACUUUUGCAUUAAAUGUCAAUAUUAAAUUGCAAAUAAAUUGUUUCUUGUAUGUAUAUAAGAUAUACUUCAAAUUUUAAUUUACUAUAAAAUGUUCAAAAUGUUUUUUAAGUGUAUAAACUUUAGGUUAUAAACUUUAAAGUGUAUAAACUUUAGCUUAUAUUAAAGAUAUAAACGUUAGGAAAAAA